GAGGGUUCGUGCUCCUGUUGGUAUUCUUAAUCAUAGGAGCGGUCUUCGCGGCAAGGGUUCUAUGUGUACCGUGUGUGUUUUGGUUUUUAGUCAUUAAGUUCAGAACAAGACAUUUAUCCACAUUUGAUAGCAUAGAAGGUUUCUUACAAAGUCAAAAUAACCUCGUGCCCAUAAGGUACUCCUUCUCGGACAUCAAGAGGAUGACCAAUGGGUUUAGGGACAAGUUGGGGGAAGGAGGCUAUGGGUCUGUAUACAAAGGAAAGCUCCGAAGCGGCCCUCCUGUAGCAAUUAAAAUGUUAAGCAAGCCCAAAGCUAAUGGACAAGAAUUCAUCAACGAAGUUGCUACCAUUGGAAGGAUUCAUCAUGUCAAUGUUGUUCAACUAAUUGGAUAUUGCGCCGAGAGGUCUAAACGUGCUCUUGUGUAUGAUUUCAUGCCUAAUGGGUCUCUUGAGAAGUACAUCUCUUCUCCAUAUGGCAAAUUGUCCUUGAGUUGUAAGCAAAUGUACGAGAUUUCUCUAGGCGUGGCUCGAGGCGUUGGAUAUUUGCAUCAAGGUUGUGACAUGCAAAUCCUGCAUUUUGAUAUAAAGCCUCAUAACAUUCUCCUUGAUGUGAAUUUCACGCCAAAAGUUUCGGAUUUUGGGCUUGCGAAAUUGUAUCCGACAGAUGAGAGCACUAUAACAAUGACUGCAGCUAGAGGAACCUUGGGUUACAUGGCUCCUGAGUUGUUCUACAAAAAUAUCGGGGGCGUUUCCUAUAAAGCUGACAUUUAUAGUUUUGGAAUGUUGUUAAUGGAACUAGCAGGCAGGAGAAGAAAUUGGAAUUCAUCAGCUAAUUCAAGCCAAGUUUUCUUCCCUUCAUGGGUUUAUGAUCAAUUCGCGGAAGGAAAGAACCUGCAAAUUGGAGAGACUACCGAGGAGGAGAGCGAGAUGGUAAAGAAGAUGAUGCUAGUUGCUUUAUGGUGUAUACAAAUGAGGCCUAGUGACCGUCCGUCCACGAACAAAGUUGUUGAGAUGCUUGAAGGAAAUUUCGAAUUGCUUCACACGCCUUCGAAGCCUUUUUUGUAUUCGCAAGCUAUGCCGGCUGAGAAUGAUGGAACGAACAUAAUGUUGCCCAAUCUGUCAGGUGCUUGUUCGGAUGCUAUGACUAGUGAGAUAACUGGGCGCUAACUCUCAAGACUAAAUAUCCUAGUUUGAGGGUUUAUGCUGAUUCUAUAUGAUUUUGAUUGAUGGUGUUAAAAGACAAGACUAUCAGUUUAAUGUCAUGUGCUAUUCUGGGUGUGUUAGCAUUUGUAGGCGACUGCUUAAGCAAACCUUGUACCUAGGUUAUGAAUCAAACAAGGGGAACAAUUACAUUGUCUAUGUUAAAGUUAUAUCAUUGUUUGUACUGGGAUCAAGAA